AUGCACUACAGGAAUUCAAGUUUCGUGCCUCCGUACUUAUUGACAAUACCCGGCUGUGAAAAAUGGUGUCGAUAUGAAAAAUUCAAAAAAAUUUUGUCCGAGUUUAUAGUCGAGGAUUGGGAAAAAGAAUGUGAAGAAGAGGGGAAUGAAAAAUCAAUGGGAGGAGAAACGACGAUCAAUGAAAAAUCAUCAAGUUCGAUCAAAGGUGGAAUCAAUCAAAAUUUGCUUAUUCAAUAUUAA